AUGGCGUCUUCUAGUCGCGACUCGGUCGACCUUUACUGCACCCAGUGCUCUAGUCACUUGGGCAUCUUCGAGAACGAAUGGACCCGACUCACUGCAGGCUAUAUGCGCCCGGCUCGCCCAGGUCAGCAUUUUGGCACCGAGGUCGGCCAGAAGACACAAAUUGUUCCUGAAGGAAGCUCUCAACAGGCUGCACGCGGUUGCACCAUGGCCGAAGUGUUCUGCCAGAAAUGUUCUGCAACUGUUGCCAGAUAUUGCACCGCCGCUCCCCAUGUGGACCAGCGACACUUGGUGAACCAGUAUUUCUAUAAGCUUUCCAAAACGCACCUUACCAACAGCCGAACCGAAGACAAGGUCGACCCUGUUUUCACCUUCGCCGAGAUGUCACAACCAACCGCUAGAUCAACUCAUCCACCUGCCCAGUCAGACUAUUCCCUCCUUCCUCCCAGUGCUAGAGCCUCUCAAGUCAACACUUUAAGGGCCUCGACACAGCCGUAUCCACGAUCUUACACGCCAGCUGAGCGCUCACUCCUCCGCAAUGGAUCACAUUACGAAUCGGAGGAAUUCUCGGAACGUAACUGGGAAAUAUAUGACCACAAACUCAGAUUUCAACAAGGCUUGAUGGAUGCACAAGAGAAGAGAAUACAGGCGCAAGACAUCAAACUUCAGACGCUGUCAAAUCAACUGGACCUUUUCAAGCGAAUCGUGCAGGACCUUCAGUUCACCGUAUCCAAACUUCAAACGGGAAGCACCGAUGUGGUUACACUCUCUCCAGAUCCUAACGACUUUGUUGGCAAACUUGAGCAUCUAGUUAGCGCAAUGAAGAAAGCCCAUUCCCGUUCCCAGGGUUCCGGGGAGCAUAUCGCGAGUACCACUUUGUACGACUCAGCAUCACAUUCACCCAUGCCAGAACAGAAUACUGAACCUCCGGCCUCGCUCGGCAAGCGCAAGCGUGGCAGCAAUGAUACUCGACAGGCCGGUCCACCACGUGCCACUCAUCCAGAUGAUCUUGGGUCGCCUAAUGCGCGACUCGAAACCGCAUCAAGAUCAGUAUCAUUCGCCGACUCCAGUCAGACCUCGGAUGAUCAGAACCCACAGGAAGAAGAGUCUACAGGAACAUCUUUCCUCUCUACCGACUUUCACACUGAGACUUGGGCGGCUUCCCACAAGGAUGCGCCUGGACCAGCCCAGAUGUCUGCCAGGAAGUCCAGCAGGUUAGAUAACACUGGCCAAGAGCACCAUCCCCCCAAUGCCCCAAUCACAGACCAUACCUCAUUCGAAGAAACACCUAAUGAGGGUCAUAUUGAGUUUAGCGACAAUGACAUGGAGUCUUCAACCGGCGCCGUUGAUGCCGUGGGUCCUCCUGAUCUGGGGACUUUGGAAGAACCUCCCGAUACCCAAACUGAACCCAUUGCGAACAACUCUUUGGGUGACGCCGAAGGGGGAUCGGAAAAUGCCAAAAAGAGACCUCGAAAUUCCCAGUUAAGCGCCAGGACGGUCGUAGAAAAUGCAACCGAGCGCUUGGCCCGAAGUCUUGCCCCCGAACCUACCAAGCGGCGACGUACUUUGCCACGAACAUUACCUUCUCCCCAGGUAGAAAUCGGUCUCGACCACGCUCGCAUCCUAACUCCGGCGACCGUCGAACAGGAGCGGCGUGAGGCUGAGACUCGGAAGGAUGUUCCCAAAGCGUCGCCCACUCCCGUCCUUCAAAGCACGGAGAAACUCCUCAAUAUUGAGCUGAAGGAGCUAGGUCUUGAGGCGUGGAUCGGAAAGAACAAGCAACAUAAUGCGGAAUAUCGCAAGGUAAUCACUGCAGCCAGAGCAAAGAAAAGAGAAGAGAACAAGAGGGCCAAGCUCGCGAAAUUGGGAUUCGCUCCAGCACCGCCCUCUGAUGGCCUACCACAGUCUGACCCAGCUUCCUCUGGAGCUGAACCACCAUUGGAUUUACCUCAGGAGGAACCCCAACCGAGUGCUGAAGUGGAACAUCCGCAACCAGCACCAGUCGUGUCAGCUGCCCCUGACGCUCAGCCUACCCAUACUGUCAACGAGGUUAACCAGACCAACGAGGCUAAUGAUCCCGUGUCUGAAGCCAAGGCCCAGCAACUGCUUGCUGCAUUCGUCAGUGGAUCUACUGUUCGAACACUCAAUGGUGAGAGCAUCGGGCCCGCAGAACCUCCAAAAGAGCCGGAGCAGACCCGUGCAACGCGGACGCGCGGAAAAGCACGAGAGGCCGAGUUGAGGCGUAGGAGUCAAUUGGCACAACAAGCCAUGGAGAUGGAGGCGUGA